AUGGCCACACUCCUAUACAUUUCUAGAAUUCUGUUUAUAUUGUCCCUCCUAUCGGCGACCAAUGCGCUGGCGUUGCGGUCGCAGAAUGUCCUGUCACCCUCGGUGCCCCAGGCACUACAGGUUUCUCUCAACGAUGGGGCUGCGGUCCUCCCAGAACAAUCCGCCUCCAAUCCCUCCUUAGAGUCCGCAGAAGAGUCUGCAGAUUUCAGCGACGAUACCCUUCGUGACCUGCUGGAUGCCCUGAAUGUGAUGCAGGACGAGUAUUUCGAAUUGUGGCAAGGCACCUGGCCCACAUCCAUCGACUGGACCGCUGCUGUUUUAGGGACUCAUGUCUCUGCCACCCUUUCCUCGCUCAGCUCCACCUUCGACGACGUGCUGUCUUCAGACGUGUUACUAAAGACCGAAGAAGAAAUCUCAGGAAUUGGUGAACGGUUUCUCGCGUUUGAGAAUCUCAUCAACCGCUUCUUCUCCCAGACAACCGCAUUCUACUUCGGGGAGAACGCCAUCUCACUGAGAGGCCAGGCUUUCGAUGACAUGCUAUGGGUGGUUUUGGGCUGGCUCGAGAGUAUCAAGUUCCAAGUGCUACAUUCGGACCUUCAUUAUGGUGACUUCUCAUGGCCGAACACGACGACAAAACAAUACUGGCAUGGCUCCCAGCUGCAGGAGCCGGCUGCUCAUCGAGCACGGUUAUUCCAUGGGCUUGCAUCCGGUGGAUGGGAUGAGUCCCUCUGCGGUGGGGGGAUGAUCUGGAGCCCCUACCUGACGCCCUAUAAGAAUGCUAUCACGAACGAGUUGUACAUUGCUGCCAGCGUCGGUAUGUAUCUCUACUACCCGGGCGAUAUCAUUGAUUCGCCAUUCAUGCCGACGGGAAUGAACGAUGAUAAAUGGACCGAUGGGUAUCCUCACCACCCAGCCCACUUACAAGCCGCCAUUGAGGGGUACAAGUGGCUGAAUGCCUCUGGCAUGACCGGAAUCGGUGGUCUGUAUGCUGAUGGUUUCCACAUUCGAGGAUGGAAAGGGUCAGACAAGCCUGGAACGCGCAAAUGCGAUGUCCUCAACACAAUGGUGUACACAUAUAACCAAGGAGUCAUCUUGAGUGGCCUGCGAGGCCUCUGGCUGGCCACAGCAUCGAUGCAGUAUCUACAAGACGGGCAUCGCCUUGUUCGUCAAGUCAUUGAUGCUACUGGAUGGCCCGAUAGAACGAGUCGGAAAUGGGCAGGCCUCGGCCGUGGAGGUGUCCUCGAGGAAAUUUGUGACUCGACCGGAAGCUGCUCGCAGAACUCCCAGACCUUCAAGGGCAUAUUUUUCCACCACCUCACUGAAUUCUGUCGCCCUAUACACCCACAGGAGGCGCGGUUCCUGGCCAGUUCAAACCAGACGACUGAGGAACACAGUGAGUGGCAGGAUACCUAUGAAUGGCAUCAAGCACGGUGCGGUACAUAUCUGAAGUGGAUUGAACAUAAUGCCAAUGCGGCGCUUAUGACCAGAGAUGAAGACGGCAAGUUCGGAAUGUGGUGGGGAAGGAAAUACCGCCAGCUCGAUAACGCUAUCAUGACCACGAGUCAUCUCCCUCGCGGUGCGAUUGACUACCGUAACUACGGCGAUCAGGCGGAGGGAUCUGAACCACUAGCAGGAAUGCUGCGCGGUUUUGCAUCUCAACUCACUGACGAUCAGUCUGCGUCGUUUGAACAUGAAAAGCCGGGACUUUCCUAUCCGGGACGUACAUAUGAACAGACCCGCUUGACCAAGGUGCAAGACAACGGCCAGGUUCGAGAGAGUGACUACAAUGACCGGGGUCGUGGGCGGACUGUAGAGACACAGUCCAUGGGCGUGGCUGUCCUGCGAGCCUUGUACCAGUGGAAAUACGCUUCUGGGUCUGCUAUCGAACGAACGGCCUAG